AUGGAUAUAGAGUUUCCAAAAGGUCACAUUGGAGUUAAAAGUUUUGAUGCUGAACUAGUUGAUCAAGAAGGAAAUUCUAUACCCUCAUAUGAAACAUACCUUCACCAUUGGUUUGCCGUAAAAUACCAUCAAAAUAUUACCAUGUCGCACGAUCCUAAGCUUAUUCGUCAAGAAGAUUUCAUUUAUCUAAGAAAUGAAGGCACAUGCAAUGACUAUAUUCUUCCACAUUAUUGGGGAUUUGGAGUGGAAUCACGAGGAACAACAUCAAAAAUUCCUGAUCCUUUUGCAAUAGAAGUAGGUAACCCUACAAAAAUUCAGAAUGGAUUUGAAGAGAAAUGGUUACUCAACAUCAUGGUCAUUGAUACACGUGGUGCACAAGACAAGAAAGGUUGCACAGAAUGUAGAUGUGACCUUAUUAAUCUUCCAAAAGACUUCUAUAAUGUCACAAGAGAUAUACAUAACCAAACAAUAACUCCUACAAAUUAUAAAGAUGGACUAUUUUGUUGUCAAGAUAAUGUACAAUGCAAACUAAGCGAAGAUUUUCAAGGUCCAAGAAGAAAUGUUUCCAUGAGAUACAAAAUAAGUUGGAUUGAUUGGAAUAAAAAUCAAGUACCACUCAAGGUUUAUAUACUUGACUCAACAGAUAAAGUAAGAUCAAAUGGUUCCCAAAUAAUUCAUGAUUGUCAGGCAGAGUAUACUAUUCAACCAAAUGGUGUUGGUGACACUCCUCUUGUCCAAAUGGCAGAUAUACCAAUGGAAAAAGGAGGUUAUUUAAUCUUUGGACAGGAUGGAAGGACUCUAUGUACUUCAACACCAAAGUAUGGAACAGGAAUAGAGGCAGGAAAUGAAGAAGGAUAUUUGAUUGGAAUGUCGGUUUGUUAUCCACAACCUGGAUCUAUCCAGAUUAAAAAUGGUGAAAUUUUGACUGUGGAAUCUAGAUAUAAAAAUGAAUUUCGUACGGGAGCUAUGGGUCAUUUCUACAUGUAUAUUGCUGAGAAUAUACCAUAA